CCGGACUUGGCGGCGGAGAUGGCGGUGCCGGCGGCGGCAGCGGCGGCCUCCUCGGCCUCGGGUUCCGGGGGCCCUCGAGAGGAGGCCGAGGCCCCGAGCCUGGCUUGGGACGAGUCCCAGCUCCGCAGCUAUAGCUUCCGCACCCAGCCCAUCCCGCGCCUGAGCCAGAGCGAUCCUCGGGCAGAGGAGCUCAUCGAGAGUGAGGAGCCGGUGGUGUUGACUGACACAAACUUAGUGUAUCCUGCCCUGAAAUGGGACCUCGAUUAUCUACAAGAGAAUAUUGGCAACGGAGACUUCUCAGUUUAUAGUGCCAGUACCCAUAAAUUCCUGUACUAUGAUGAGAAAAAGAUGGCUAACUUCCAAACUUUUAAACCAAGGUCCAACAGGGAAGAGAUGAAAUUCCAUGAGUUUGUAGAGAAGCUACAAGACAUACAGCAGCGGGGCAGUGAAGAGAGGUUGUAUUUGCAGCAGACUCUCAAUGACACAGUAGGCAGGAAGAUUGUCAUGGACUUCUUGGGUUUUAACUGGAACUGGAUUAAUAAACAGCAGGGAAAGCGUGGCUGGGGACAGCUGACCUCCAACCUGCUGCUCAUUGGCAUGGAAGGAAACGUGACACCUGCUCACUAUGAUGAACAACAAAACUUCUUUGCUCAGAUCAAGGGCUAUAAGCGAUGCAUCCUGUUUCCUCCAGAUCAGUUUGAGUGCCUCUAUCCAUACCCUGUGCACCAUCCUUGUGAUAGGCAGAGUCAGGUGGAUUUUGACAACCCUGACUAUGAGAGAUUCCCCAACUUCCAGAAUGUGGUUGGCUAUGAGACUGUGGUUGGCCCUGGUGAUGUUCUUUAUAUCCCUAUGUACUGGUGGCAUCACAUAGAAUCAUUACUGAAUGGGGGAACCACCAUCACUGUGAACUUCUGGUACAAGGGGGCACCCACCCCUAAGAGGAUUGAAUAUCCUCUCAAGGCUCAUCAAAAAGUGGCCAUAAUGAGAAACAUUGAGAAGAUGCUGGGAGAAGCCCUAGGGAACCCACAAGAGGUGGGCCCCUUGUUGAACACGAUGAUCAAGGGUCGAUACAACUAGCCUGCCUGGAGGCUGAGGCCUCCUUCUGGGUGACUGCCAACCCUCCCAUCCCAUCCCAUCCCAUCUCGUCCGGUCCACGCUGCUUCGUUGAUGAGGACUGGAAGAUCCAGAGUGAUAGUAAUUGCACGCAGCACUUAACAGACUGGGUUCCUGCCCCAGCCUCCCAGGGCAGGAGUGUGAGGUCAGGUGGGGCAAUUAAGCACCCACCCUCCUCUGCUCCCAUCUUGAGUGAUUUCUUCCUACUUCGCUUCUGUUCCUACUCACCUUCUCUCUCUGCCCCCAAGUCCUGCAUUCAGUGUGGAGUUUUUUGUGUGUCUGUGUUUGUCUGUCUGUCUUUGUGUCCUUCCUCCCAGGCCCCUGAGGCUGUGAUGGUGCUCUUGUCACUUGGCAUGAUGUCCUACAGCCUCACUGCCAUUGUCUGGGUAAGGGAAGGAGCCAAGUCUACCUGGAUCAUGUUGGCAUCUUUGAAGGGAGUCUGUUGACCUGAUGACUAGUCUCCCAGGCUCCUGGAACUCUUGAGUUUUCCAGCCUUUCUUGUCCCCAUUCUGGCUCAAUACUCUGCCUGUACACCAACAGUCUACUUUGAUUUGUACAUCGUGGGUAUGUUCUGGAUACCACAAGAAGGAAGGAGCUGUCUGGUUUGUGUGUGUACAUCCUCGUUCCCAUACUCUGGCCAGGAUCUGCUUACCAACACUCUCCACAGUUGACUGCCAAGACUGGCUGUGCUACAGGACAAGGAGCUUCCUGGCCUGGGUGUGACUGUUCUCACAGCCACACUGUGGCUGAAGUCUGUCUAUCAACACUCCACCUGCUGACUUGGUCCACUUCCAUUGGGUACUACUGCAGGGAAGUUGCCACCUGGCCCACCAAGAUGAUUUUUAAUUUGGUUUUUAGCCUAUUUAUAUAGGUUGGGCCUUGCUGCAACAAGCUUGAGGUUUAUUAGAUAGAGCCUCUGGGGCUCAGGAAUCCUGUCUAUCUCCCUUCUUUUGGGGUUGAGUUUCCUGGCUUUCUUGCUCUGAGCCACCUGCUCAUCCUCACCCAUAGUGGGAUGAAUGAUGGGAGUAGUAGACACUGGGGCCUAAGAGGUAAAUGGGCUGCUCUCUUGUUCAUCACUUAGGGGAGAUGAGCCAGAGCCCUUGCCAUCUCCCCUAGUUCUGAAUGUACAGAUGCUCCAAACCUCUGAAAAGCCCCUUCCACCCCCUUCCCCAAGAAUCAAGGUAACUGCAGACUAGGGAUGGGCCUUUCCUUGGAUUGCCCUCCUGCAAGAAGUCUCCCUGGAAGGAGUGAGGGAGGAAGGUGGGAGGAAAUGGAUUUUAUUUUUUUCCUUUUUGCCAAAGGUUUAACUUCAGUGUCUGAGCAGUGGUUCUUGUCCCCAGAAACCCAGCUUAUAAUGCACUGAUAGACUGGUGUGUGUAGGGGAGGGGUGUUUACUUUUGUAAAUCCCUGUGCUUUCUAUGCCUGCCCUGGUAUUCUCUCUGAUGGGAACAGGGUGUGUGUGAGUGUGGAAGACACGGUACCUUCUCUAGUGUAGUUCUUUCAAUAACAACCAAUGUUGGGAAAUGA